AUGGCGAAUGUAGAUGGGGAUGAUUUCAGAAGCUCUUCGACAAGGUCUUAUCAGGAUCAACUGUACACAGAGCUAUGGAAAGCUUGUGCAGGUCCAUUAGUGGAGCUUCCUCUUGCUGAUGAGAGAGUUUUCUACUUCCCUCAGGGUCACAUGGAACAACUUGUGGCGUCAACGAAUCAAGGAAUCAACUCAGACGAAAUACCUGUUUUCAAUCUUCCUCCGAAGAUACUCUGCCGAGUUCUGAGUGUCAUGUUAAAGGCGGAGCAUGAAACAGACGAAGUUUACGCUCAGAUCACAUUACAACCAGAGGAAGAUCAAAAUGAACCGACAAGUCUUGAUCCACCUAUCGUUGAACCAACAAAAGAAACGUUUCAUUCGUUUGUUAAGAUUCUAACGGCUUCAGAUACAAGCACUCAUGGUGGAUUCUCUGUUCUGCGUAAACACGCCACUGAAUGUUUGCCUACCUUGGACAUGACACAAACUACUCCUACUCAAGAGCUUGUUACUAGAGAUCUUCAUGGGUUUGAAUGGAGGUUUAAGCAUAUAUUCAGAGGACAACCUAGGAGGCAUUUGCUCACGACAGGUUGGAGUACAUUUGUAUCCUCCAAAAGACUUGUAGCCGGAGAUGCUUUUGUGUUCUUGCGGGGUGAGAGUGGGGAUUUACGAGUUGGAGUGAGGCGAUUAGCUAGGCAUCAAAGCACGAUGCCGACUUCGGUUAUAUCGAGUCAGAGCAUGCAUUUAGGAGUUCUUGCCACAGCUUCUCAUGCUGUGCUUACUAAAACACUCUUUGUUGUCUUCUACAAGCCUAGGAUAAGCCAAUUCAUAGUAGGAGUGAACAAGUACAUGGAAGCUAUGAAGCAAGGGUUUUCUCUCGGUACACGAUUCAGAAUGAGAUUUGAAGGAGAAGAAUCUCCUGAGAGAAUAUUUACGGGUACGAUUGUGGGAAGCGGAGAUCUAUCUCCACAAUGGCCAGCUUCCAAAUGGAGAUCAUUGCAGGUUCAAUGGGACGAGCCAACAACAGUUGAGCGACCAGAUAAAGUUUCACCAUGGGAGGUUGAGCCUUUCCUGUCAACUUCCAAAACUCAGACACCUGCUCAACAACCACAACCCAAGUGCAAGCGGUCAAGACCUGUCGAGCCAUCGGUUAUAACUCCAGCUCCAUCUACUUUCUUGUACGGCUUCCCUCAGAGCCAAGAGCCCUCCAAUGCAUCCCCUAAACUGUUUCAAGAUCCAUCAGCUGAGAGAAACUCAUCUGUCUUCUCCACAAACCACAGCUUCAAAGCUGACACUCCUCCUCCUCCACCUCCUCCUCCAUCCUAUCGGUUGUUUGGAUUUGAUCUCACAAGCACUGCUCCUGUUCCUCCAGAAAAGCAAACAAUCGAUACUUCAGGAGCUGCCAAGUUACAAGAACCCAUCACUCCAAGCUCGUUCAGUGAGCAGAAGAAGCAACAGACACCAAGAACUCGAACCAAAGUGCAAAUGCAGGGGAUAGCGGUUGGUCGUGCGGUUGAUUUGACGCUGUUGAAAUCAUACGACGAGCUGAUCAACGAGCUUGAGAAGAUGUUUGAGAUCCAAGGACAGCUUCUUUCUCGAGACAAAUGGAUCGUUGUCUUCACUGAUGAUGAAGGAGAUAUGAUGCUUGCUGGAGAUGAUCCAUGGAAUGAGUUUUGCAAGAUGGCGAAGAAGAUAUUUAUAUAUUCGAGCGAGGAGGUUAAGAAGAUGAGGAUUUCUUCGUCGUUUGAGAAUGAAGAAAGUGUUAUGGAUUGA